GCUUGGAAAACUUGAAUGGAAUUUGCCUCUGAUGUUGCUGUAUUACUGUGCUACAGUCCUGUCGCACAAUGUCAUUUUUAAAAAAAAAAUAUAUAUAUUUUGCAUGAUUGUCUGGGAAAUGCAACCACCUCUGCGCAACCUUGAUUCAUAUGCAAUAUGUAAUCGUGUUUGUGUAAAACAGAACUAACCCAUGGUAUUAACUGAUCAUUCUUUAGUGGGGCUUUUUUUUAUUUUAUUUUUUUAAAUAAAUGCAGAUGUAUCAGUUUUCACCGUCACUCUUUUUGUUUCGCCUGUUGUUGGGAACAUUUACUUUUAGUUAUCCGUUAGAUUUGGUAGAUGAGGGGCUGGCUGGAUCAUCCCCUGAACUAACGGUCUUUUAGUAUAGAUUUUAUUACAGGAAAAAAAAAAGACAAGUGUCUGAUGUUAUAAGUUAGUGUUACUUGAGUAGUCACACAGUAAAUAGAUGUAAUGAGAACAAUUUUUUUUUCUUCCCCUUUUGGACCUUUUUCAUAAAAGGAAGUGAAUGUGAGCUCUCACGUUUGCAUGUAAACGUCAUGUUGAUGUCCCCGCUGACCAAACAGUUUUUACACUGCCAACAAUGUGUUAAAAGGCAUUCCUCUUAUUGUUUUUGAUUAUUUGGGGAAAAUAGUUUUGUAUAAGAGGGUUUCUCUAUAUUUUUCACUUUUGUAUUGUACUAAUUACUUGUAACUUUAAGCUUUAACGUAAAAUAAAUGCGAUAAGGAUCACUGUGGUUUUGUGUUCUGUUGGACAGCAUAAACAAAUAUUUUUCUGUGCUUUGCAAGUCUGGAUUAUAAAUGCAAAACUGUUGCUAUCUAAAGGCUCCUACAGUUGAAAGGAGCCUUGUGACACCAGUCAAAUGUGGGGUUUAUAACCUGUUUUAUUUGCCCGCAUCACAAACCGAGAGGUCACAAGAGAUGCGUCUGUAGACUGGGUGAGUGGUGAGCCAUCAAAUAUUCACCUUUAGGCUGUUGUUUUUGAUUAGCUGGACUUUUUAGUCACUUUGUUUUUUAUGUUUUUUUUUAUUUUUCCUUCUUCUAAUACAGUAUCAGUCUGGAAGUGUACAGAGCACCAAUAUGGGGAAGUUGCAGGUGAAAUUUUGUAUUUUUCUGUGCUGGGCUCUGACGUCGAUGUACAGCGAUGCACAGCGAGAGUAUUUCAUCCAGCGCAAAAAUCUCACCUGGGUUGACGCCCGAAACUACUGUCAGGCCUGCUUCAAAGAGCUGGUGACACUGACUCCAGACAACAUUCAGGCCCUUGCCCGGGACAUCACCUCUGACCACUGGAUCGGUCUUCGCAAGAACUUUAACUUCAAAAACAACUCUAUCGACAACUCCACCGGCAACUUAACCAGCACUGUUGCAAGCUACACAGAAAGCUACUUCACCACACACUAUAUCAACAACAGUGACUCCAGCAGCCCCAUUAUGAACUGGACUCAGUGGGCCAACGGGGAUCCCCUAGCCUUCCAAAACUGGUACCCUGGCUGGCCGCUGCCUAAACCUUCCCCAAAACCUCCCAACAAAACCGUGUGCUGCAGCUGCUCCUGCACAUGCCCAGCAAGGCCAACAACACCCAUGACUACAAACGCAGAAUUCACAACGCCCCACACGACAACAACACAAUCAGGACAUAAUGUGACAAGUUGGAGUGAUGACCCGGCUGAAACAACUGAAUUCACACCAGACUUCACUGACCAAUCUGUUGUUACCGACGAAAGUACAACACACGCAACAAGAACGGAAAACAUGACGACCCGAAGAACAACUCCAUAUUUCACCACAAGUGCACCCUGGACGACCGCUGAGAUGCCAUUAACAGCGCAGUGUGAGAAGUUGCCUGUGCAGGAGCCAGAAGAACCUGAAGACGAAGACGACAGUGAUGAUGAGAAUUACAUUGAAGACUCGUGUGUGGCCAUGCUCAGCUUCGGGCCGUGGAUUGAAAAGAGCUGCCUGGAGCGUCUGCCAUUUAUUUGUUAUGAAGAUCGCUUCAUGGGACAAGUCAGCGUCACCAAUAUAACUUUUGAGAGCGCCAACCUGACAUGGUUGGUUGCACCGGGCGAUAUCAGCCAUUAUCGGGUAGAGGUCGAAGGUCAAAAGGAUAACAAAACAUGGGGGUUUAACGUCACUGAUUUGACCUGUGGCCUCUCCAACCUGACAGCAGGCACCUCCUACUCGGUCCAGGUGUUCCCCGUCAAGUGUCAAAGAGACCUCAACCCAGAGAACGCCACCUUCUACACCAUACCUAAGGCAGUCACAAACCUGACAGUCAGUUCUGUGGAGAAAAACUCUGUCUGUCUGAGAUGGGAAAAACCAGAGGGAAACGUGGAUUUCUAUCGUCUGACUUACGAGACCACCCUUGUUAAAGUGACAACAGAGACAAUAAAGGUUGAGGGUUUGAUACCUGGAACCCCCUACAAUUUCACUGUCGUCUCGGGAGUCAAUGAUGCAUCUAAAUGGAGCUAUGAAGCUCACGUCUCAGCGUAUACCAAGCCUGAUAAAGUUUACAACCUGACAGUGUCUGAUAACACAAAAGAGUCGAUAUUGGUCAAAUGGGAUCGACCUGUGGGAAACUUCACAGAUAUCCGUGUGGUAGCUAACUACACGAAUAGCACGAGCCUGUUUAAUACAACUGUAAAGUCCACUCAGCAGAACGUGACAGUAACAGGUCUGCCACCGGCCACACAUAUAUUCAUCUAUGUGACCGUGCGGGUCAACGAAGACCUGGUGGGAGAAACCAAAAUAAUCGACAGCUUCACAACUCCUGGACCGAUUUCAAAUUUGACUUUGACUACAACUAGUGAUUCCCUCACUGCUACCUGGGAGCCUCCUGUUGGUAGCGCUUUAAAUUUCACAGUCGAGCGCUGUCUCAACCUUUGUGUAAACGAAACAAGUGUAACAACAAGCAUCACAUUCAAAAAUCUGAAGAAUGCUGCCAAUUACUCUGUGACCGUCUAUGCAGUGAGUGGACAAUUUACCAGCACGCCAGUGUCCGCCUACAAGUUCACCCUGCCAAAUCCUCCUAUUGAUCCCAAAGUCACUAGUGUCAGUAACGACAGCAUCACCUUUGCCUGGGACGCACCUAAAAACACAUUAUCACCCACGUAUGGUGUCACACUCAACUCCAGCUUCUGGGGUCACAGUUGGAGUGAUACAACUGAUAAAACCACGUUUACAUUUUCUGGCCUGACAUCAGGGACCACCUAUAAUUUCAGUGUGUACGCAAUCGCUGACGGACGGGAAAGUGCCCCAGUACACUGUGCAAAUUCCACAGUUCCAGACCUAAAGGAAAUCAGCCUGUCGAUGCUGUGCUCCUCGUCCGAGGCUCUCCUGUGUGAUGAGAACUCAACAAGGAACGAAGUAUUUAAUGAGCUGAAGAAGAAAUUCACAACGCUGUUGGGCGGGCACAUCAACUGGGAUCUUGAGCAACAAAGGAAACAAGGAUAAGCCACUUCAUAUUUCCUGCUAUUUAGUCAUACAAACUUCAAAGUUGUGCUUCAGUAAAAUGUACAGCGACUUUUCUGAUCAGAAUUGUGAUAUGUGAUUACUAUACCUGCAGAUAUAUUCAUUUAUUGAUUAAUUUUUAUUUUUUCAUUUUUAAUAGGCUAUAGGAAUAAAGUAGAUGACCAAUCAUUAUUAAAAUCAGCAUUUUAUUUGUUCUUUUUUUCCACAUCACCUUCUAUUUUUUUUCUUCUCGACCUGAACUUUGUACGCCGAGGAUGUUUUAAAUAAAAACACUCUAAUAUCUAAA